AUGGCCACACCACUAAACAACACAACCGAUGACCUUAACACCAAUCCACGUUCACACCUUACUACAAACAUCACCGCAGCUGAUGAUCAUGCUAUUCCAAAACAAUUUUGCCCCCUCGAUGUCACCAAAGCAUCUCUUCACGCCCUGCAAGAAGGGGUAUGGGUGCUCGCAACUACGGCAUUUGAAUUGAUCUCUGCCCACGCAUUCCAAGAUGAUCCGAUCUCCUCGUCAUCCUCGUCAUCCUCGUCCCAGGCUUCCGAAGCUCCAGAUGAUAUUAACCUCGAACCUAAGGAGUCUCGGGCCAUCAUCGUUGCGCUACUAGAUCAAGCGGUUUCUACACCUCUUCCGAGGAAUGUUCCUAGGCCCCGUAUGAAGUGCUCCACUUGUAAGAAUACGAAGUGGAACUGCAGCCUAGUUAUUGACGAGGAGGACCCAGGGGGUGACGAAGAAUCCUGCACUAGUGACUACGACUCUGAAUAUGAGGACGAGGGGGAAGAGGAGGAGGAGAAGGACGGGGUUACUAAUCAAACAAUUGAUAUGGUGCAUUUUUGCCCUACGCUGCCGGUGCAGGUGUGGAACGGCGAGAGAUUCGUGGAGCGGCCCUGCACUCAUGGGCUAGAGGUUAUUGAAGGAUAG